CACCGGCGUGUCCCAUUCCGCGAACGUCAAGUUUUUCCCGACUUGCAUUUGGGCGCCGAUAUCUUUGGCCACGUCGCGCAUUACUCGACAUUUUCCCGUUCAGACCGAUGAAAACGUCCAUUUAGGUGCCUGACAGAACCUCUUGUAAGGUUUUAAACUCGUCAGUAACGGGGGCUAGAAGGUCGAAUUUGUUUUGACGGGCAUAAGUUCGUGCUAGCGAAGGCAAAGCCGCCUUCAAUACCCAGCAGAAUCAUGAACAUUUUCAGACUCACCGGCGAUCUUUCCCAUUUAGCAGCCAUCAUUAUUCUACUUCUAAAAAUAUGGAAAACCAGGUCCUGUGCCGGUAUCUCAGGGAAGAGUCAGAUCCUGUUCGCCUUGGUGUUCACCACGCGCUACCUGGACCUGCUCACCUCCUUCAUCUCCCUCUACAACACCACCAUGAAGGUCAUUUACAUUGGCUGUGCGUAUGCCACCGUGUACCUGAUCUACACUAAGUUCAAGGCCACCUACGACGGUAACCAUGACACCUUCAGAGUGGAGUUUCUGGUCGUUCCCGUGGGAGGGCUGGCUUUCCUUGUCAACCACGACUUCUCUCCUCUCGAGAUCCUGUGGACAUUCUCCAUCUACUUGGAGUCGGUGGCCAUCUUGCCACAGCUCUUCAUGAUCAGUAAGACUGGCGAGGCAGAGACUAUCACUACCCACUACCUGUUCUUCCUGGGCCUGUACCGGGCCCUGUACCUCAUCAACUGGAUCUGGCGCUUCUAUUUGGAGGGGUUCUUCGACAUGAUCGCUAUCGUGGCCGGUGUUGUUCAGACAAUCCUCUAUUGCGACUUCUUCUAUCUGUACGUAACGAAAGUACUGAAAGGAAAGAAGCUGAGUCUUCCAGCAUAAGUGCCAAAGAUCAUCAAUUUGGCAGACUCGUGGAUGGCGCGACAAAGGAAACCGUUGCCUCCAUCCCACCCCCUCUACUCCCCCCACCAGUGUAAGAUGCGUGAGACAGAGAGCGAGACUUUUACAGUUUGUCCUGUCUCCUGACCACUAUCAGCGACACCCAUGGGCCUGUUCAGGGGGGUGCAAACGUAAGGGCUCUCAGAAAGAAAUGUACUGUGUAGAACAGAUGAUUAUGUAGAGCUAGAUAAUAGUUGUCAGCUCAAUUCAUUAUAUUUCUAUCUGCAACGCUUUGAACGCUUCACCUCGCUGAAUACACCCUAGAAUCAACCUGAAGAGGCCAUCCUGCAGCUUUCUGUUUGAUGCAUCAAGCCUUUUUUUAUCACUGUAUAAAGGAAGAAAAAAGGAAGAAUUUUUCUACAUAAGUGUACUCUGAUUUGACACGUUAGCAAAAGAGGUGAAAACAAAUUGCCUUUGAUUUGGCACUGUAAAACAUUGGAGCCAACUUCUUGGGGUGGGAUAUUAACUAAAACCAUUUAUCUCAAAUGUACAUAGUAUUUUUUUCCUGAAUCCCAAUGGAGCGGAAGUGUAAUGGAGGCGUUGUAUCCCUUGGCUGGAAAACCUUUGUUUUGUCUUUCUGACCCAGUGUACAUUCCUGUAUAAAGAUGGCAGUUAAAACUGUUCAUGUCCUAGUCAAUACUUAAUAUUUCCCCAAACUGGCUAUUUUUUAUUUUUUUUGAAGUUGGAAUUUACCAGUAACUGUCACCUGCUAUUUGAGUUAACUGUACAUUUUCGGUGGAUAUGAGGUCUCACUCAGCGCCCCAAAUGUUUUCACUGAUACAGUAACUGCCGCAUCUGCAUUGCUGUAAAUGGCUUUCAAUUCACAUUUACGUCAACAUUUUCUUACAAUGGGCUAUCUAUAUUUAUCAUAUUCUGUCAUUUCAAAAUGGCUCUUCUGAAAUUAGUUCAUUCGAUGGCAAUAUGCUAUAGGCUACCAAGGCAGAAAUCAGCUCCUGAAGCCAUUGUUCUAUUCAGAUAUAUUUUGUGUAUCUUUCCUUUCAAAAAAAGAUAAUGUCCAUAGAAUUGUCUACGUGAUGUGCGUAUUGUUGAGCUCACUUUAGAGAUCUAGCUGUUGAUCUGUGACAAACAUGAUUCUACGGGCAUUGUUAAAUUGGAACCAGAAUGACUACCUUAUUUUAAAGACAUCUGCCUUGAUGUUGUCUUCACAUGCAGAUCAUUCCAAUUGGUUAGGAUUUGAUUUUUUCCUGAGCUUUCUUUUGCAUGAUGUUGCCAUCACAAAUAAAGAUUUUACGGGAAACAUUUGA